AUGCAAAAGCCCGCUUCCGCUCUCUUCCUCUCUCCGCACGAUUUCGGCGGAAACAACAUUUGGAGCGUUAGCCAGACUGACAAGCCUGCGGGGAAAACGCAGCCGCAGCUCUGGGUGCAAGUAGCUGAGGACGACACGAGCGAGUGUGACUUUAACGGGAGUGAUUGCGACGAUAGCUGCUCUACCGUCUCCACCUUUUCUUGCCUCUCCCCUCGCUCCUCCGCAUCUUCCGCCGCGGGUUCGCUUUCUCCCACUUCCGUGCUUCGAAGCGGCGCUUCCGUCGCUUCUUGGAAUACGGUUGAGCCUUUUAACGGGGAUAUUGCGGACGGCGUGGGUUCAGCGGAUAGCGAAUCUGAUGCUGACGAGAUUAAUCUGCCCGACGACCUCGACCUCUAUCCUCGCGAAAACUCGUCCGGUAUCGCGCACUCGCAACUCGCAGCUUUCGCGAACAGCAACGUCUCUUCCGACAGCAUUCUUGGUCGGCCCGCAUUCCCCCCCGCUGCUGUCUCCACCCCCGCCCCUUACCUUGCGUCCUCGCCCGCGCCUCUUGCGCGCGUCUGCGGAUCUGCCGCGUUCCCCCCGAACCCGCAAGUGCAGUACCAGCAGCAGCAACAGUUGAUGCAGCAGCAGAUGAGCCUGUACUGGCAGCAGAUGUACCUGAACCAGAUGCACCUGCAGCAACUGAUGUACCUCCAGCAGCAGCAGCAGCAGCAGCAGCAGCAGCAAAGGCAGCAGCCGUGCGCGGCACCGCAGCAGCCACAGGAGGAGUCCCCGCGGGUUUUCCUUCCGCCGCGCUUCCUUCCCCAUCAGAACACCGCGGGCACGGGGUUGUGCCAUCGGUAUUUUGGAUCGCUCGGGUUCGUGCUCCCAGCAGCAGUCGUAUGGCAAGCAGCUCUAUCCAAACCAGCAGCAGCAGGAGCGGGAGCUUCCGGGCCGGAAGGAGUGGCUCGAGUGGCCCUCUCGGUUUGGAAGCUUCCUCCGGCUGCUCUGCGGCCGAAGCUGACUGGACCAGGGGAGGUGAAGCACCUCUGGCCUGGCGCCGUCGAUGUGACCACUCGCGCCCGCGUGCCUUUUGCGUUGCUUCAUCUGCUUCAGCAGUCCUGUGAGGGUCAUUCCCGUACCACCAUCGCCGGCACGAGCAAUAUCACCGGCGGCAACGUCAGCGCCAGCGCCCUGGCUCUCGCGCAGCUGCUCUGCCGUCGCUUCAAAAUUUACUCCAGCAUCGGCGGCAGAAAGAGCAUUCAUGCAAACCGCGUUCGCAGCGUCGGCAGCGUCACGCUGAGCGUCACCAUAUGCCUCGAGCGGAUCAUCCCACUGUGA